GAUGUCGGUCGUCAUUCUGCCAAUCGGACCAACAGCUCAAUCACCUCGUGAUUAAACCCCUUCACCAGAGGGCCGUCCUGAAAGAUCGUCGCGGUUUUUGAUAGACCUUCCAAGAGGAUUGACUGAAGUAGAGGCUCAGUUCUGGGGGUUUGAGUGACCCAGCGGCAGCGUAGUACUGGACCCCAAGAGAGGGAGGGCGCCAUACGCAAUGGGGGUGUCGACCAGUCAACUGGGGUACGAAAGUGGAUACGAUGGAUGCAGCGAGUGAGACGACGGAGGAAGAGCAGGAGAAGCCCCAGGUGAAUCCUUCGAUCGUCGUGAGAGUCCCAGUGAAGCACACAAAUCUAGGAAUCAGAAGUCCUGCGAUGGAUAUGAGCACCAUGGUGGAGCUGACGUCAUUCAGCACCCUGGGAAAAAUCCAGCCCUUCCUGGUGACAAUAUCAACGACAGCCGCUCUUAUUGUCGAUCUCCACUGUCACCUGACCGACAAAGAGGUGUGCGGUUACUUGGGUGGCCACUGGGACAUAAAUUCCCACAAUUUAUCGAUAACAAAUGCCUUCCCCUGUCGAUACGCCGGAAAGGACAAGACUGCUGCCAGCAUGGUAGAGGCUGAGAUUGCCAAGGCCAUGGAGUGGCACAGGGUAACUCUCGUUGGUUGGUAUCACUCCCAUCCACGAUCACACGCUGCCCCAUCCCUCAGAGAUGUUGAUUACCAGCUGGAUUACCAGAUAAAGAUGAAGGGACCCAGUGACAAUGGGUACACACCCUGUGUUGGAUUAAUAUGCUCUCCAUACAACGCGGAAGGAAAUUGUUACGAGUCCAAUUUCAAUGUUUUUUGGUCGAUGCCACCACCAGAGAACCGUCCCCACGAGUACCCACGUCCAAUGCUGCUCUCUUACACAAUAACCCAGGAGCCAUUCCUCCCCCAGGACGCCCUGGACGAGAUAAAAAAGUGCAUAGAGUACUACAAAUCCGAGGGUGGGAUUGACUUCAAGUCCAAGUUCACAGCCACCACGACGUAUUUGGAUCGACUGCGGAGUUCACUGGCCUCGAAGCUCCCAAGGAAUCGAGGGACAAGCAGUGGUUACUGGGAGGUCAUCAAGGAGAUGAUCUGCCCUGGAUCGAAAGAAGAUACUGAUUACUCUGUGCCCUAUCCCCCUCUACCCCUGGCUGAACCCCUAGCUCAAACACCAGGAAGUCAGCCUCCAAAUAAUGUAUUCCUGGCACCGGUGAAUUUUAAACCUGAUACCACAAUCACGAGCUCGGUAACGAAAUUUGCUCUUCAUCCCUCUACCUCGAGCAGAGAGGGAAGAAUUGAGAAGGAGAAUGAUGACCUGAAGGAGAGGUUCAAGGAGAGGGACAUGGGCACCUUCAGGUCUGGUGAGUUGACGGUAUCUGUGAAGAGCUCCAAAAUGGAGUUUGAGCCACCGCCAGUGGAUUUUUCAAAACUAGCUCCACUCUCCCUGGAAACACUCAACAAAAUGCGAGCAAAUUUACCACCGGAUUUUCCCCUCCCUGAUCUCUCCCAGCAGAUAAUCCCGGAUCUCAGUAAAAUCGCAAGUUUCACACCAGCUGACCUCGCUAAAUUGUCCGGCUUCUCGUUGAGCGAAUUGACAAAGAGCCCAUCCUCGGUUUACGCGAGAAACAUAGCAAACCUGUUUGGACCACUUGCAAAGGGGGUACCUCUGACUCCUGGUCAGCUCAAGGAUCUCGCUGGCGAGAGGAAGGAGUUCGGUGGAGAGGGGCUCACUGGUUACGAGGAUAUCAUGGCUGAGAGGAAGAAAGAGGAGAAGAGAACUGACUUCACAACCGCUGAGGAGCUCUCCAUAUCCAGUGUCAGACCUGAUUUUGGAGCUAUGCUUGAUCUGGGGGGCAUCAAGAAGGGAGAGGAAUCACUCAAUCUCUCGAUGGAGCGACAGUGAGGGAUUCGUGGACAUUGGGGUGUAUUUUUUUCAAGUCUAGUGUGAGAUUCAGUCGAUAGUGAAAUUUUAUUGUUGAUGAGAUUAGAAUUAUUGAGUUAAUUUCAAUUUUUUGUAUUGAAUUUUCUCAUGAUGAGACUUCUUCUAUUUCAUCUUAUAAAUAUUCUAAUUUUUCUUGUGAGAAUUGUAUGGAUAUAAUAUGUAUAUAUAUAUGUAUGCGUGAUAACUUGAAAAAAAAAUUCAAGAAAAUGUGUUUUUUAUUGCAUAGCGAUAUGUCGAGAAUGCAUAAGAGGUCGAGACAGGGCGAUUGGGAUAGUGAAGUCUGUAAAUCUUUCGACAGAUCGACCAUAAAUGUCGAGGAGUUCGAUAUUUCAUUGGAGAUGAUUCUUGGGAGCUGAGGGGUGAUAAACGUCGCAGAAUCUGCGGAAGAUCGAAUCAGGGUAAAUGUCACGAUGAAUUCUCUAUCGAUGAUAGAGAAUUGAUUGAGUAACAUUGUCUCACGGUUUGUCAACCGCAUCAACUCCAGCCUCUUAGAAAUCUCUGGCAGUCAUUUUUAAUGAACGAACGGUAAAGACCAGUAGAAUUCGAUGUGUCAGCAGCAAAAUUGUAAAAUUCACAUUUCAAUCAGAUUUUUGAAAUUGUGACGACUUUACUGAUUAAUAAAAGGGAUUUAUUAAAA